AUGAUGCAGAACUUCAAUAAAGUCACAAGGAAAUGCGACAAAAAUCAGGACCGAAUCUCCCAGCCACUCCCCUCUGGCUUGGCAGGGCCCGAUGCCUGCAUCGCGCAGCCACUGCAGGUGCGGAAAUACCUGGGGCAGACGUCCACUAAAGCCAACCUAUUUGACACCAAGCAGAUGCUCGUGAACUUCGAGUUGUCGGGAAUGGUGCCUGCCGGCAAGGAUGAUGAGUACGGAGAUUUGGUGGAGGAUUUCGAGAAGUUCAAGCGCGAGGCAGAUGAAUGGGCUUAUUCCUCUUCCUGGGCAGAGGCCAAUCCAGGAGGUGGCCGUGAUCGAACCGAGGAUUAUCUCUUGAGAUCCAAGACCCUCGCAGACAAAGCCACGAAGACUUUAGGUCUGAUUGUGGAUAUCCUGGGUGUGACCGAGAACAUCUACCAGUGA